GAUUGGUGACGAGCGUAGGUCCAAUUGGAGGAGCUGUUGUUACACAGUCGGCGAGCCGGUCGGGGAGGGAGGAAGGUGGCAAGAUGGUGUUGGAAAGCACUAUGGUUUGCGUGGACAACAGUGAGUAUAUGCGGAAUGGGGACUUCCUGCCCACCCGGCUGCAGGCCCAGCAGGACGCUGUCAACAUAGUGUGUCACUCAAAGACGCGCAGCAACCCUGAGAACAACGUGGGCCUCAUCACGCUGGCCAAUGACUGUGAAGUGCUGACCACGCUCACCCCCGACACCGGCCGCAUCCUCUCCAAGCUCCAUACCGUUCAGCCCAAGGGCAAGAUCACCUUCUGCACUGGCAUCCGCGUGGCCCACCUGGCUCUGAAGCACCGACAGGGCAAGAAUCACAAGAUGCGCAUCAUUGCCUUCGUGGGGAGCCCUGUGGAGGACAACGAAAAGGAUCUGGUGAAACUGGCUAAACGCCUCAAGAAGGAGAAAGUAAAUGUUGACAUUAUCAAUUUUGGGGAAGAGGAAGUGAACACAGAAAAGCUGACAGCCUUUGUAAACACACUGAACGGCAAAGAUGGAACUGGCUCUCACCUGGUGACAGUGCCUCCCGGGCCCAGCUUGGCCGAUGCCCUCAUCAGCUCCCCGAUUCUGGCUGGUGAAGGUGGCGCCAUGCUGGGUCUUGGUGCCAGUGACUUCGAGUUUGGAGUGGAUCCCAGUGCCGAUCCUGAGCUGGCCCUGGCUCUGCGGGUCUCUAUGGAAGAGCAACGGCAGCGGCAGGAGGAGGAGGCACGGCGGGCUGCGGCAGCCUCCGCCGCUGAGGCUGGGAUUCCCACAGCGGGGGCUGAAGGUGAAAGAGACUCGGACGAUGCCCUGCUGAAGAUGACCAUCAGCCAGCAGGAGUUCAGCCGCUCCGGGCUCCCCGACCUGAGCAGCAUGACUGAGGAGGAGCAGAUCGCCUACGCCAUGCAGAUGUCCCUGCAGGGCGCCGAGUUUGGCCAGGCAGAGUCAGCCGACAUCGAUGCCAGCUCAGCCAUGGACACAUCGGAGCCAGCCAAGGAGGAGGAUGAUUACGACGUGAUGCAGGACCCCGAGUUCCUUCAGAGUGUUCUAGAGAACCUUCCUGGUGUGGAUCCCAACAACGAAGCCAUUCGAAAUGCCAUGGGCUCCCUGGCCUCCCAGGCCACCAAGGAUGGCAAGAAAGACAAGAAGGAAGAGGACAAGAAGUGAGACUGAGGGCAGGGGUGGCCGACUGCCUGGGGCGUGGGAUGUAGGGCUAGGUAGACGUCUGUAACCAUUACACCCUAAAUAAAGCUUGGUAAAUUUUUU